AUGCAACAGACUGUUGAUGAGGAAGAUCAGGAAGUUGAAGCACAAACAACUCCCAAAGUGACAUUGAGGAGCAUUCAAACAGAAGAGAAACUGCAUUCAUAUUAUCUAAGACAGACACCAGAACGUAACAUGCAAGCUGACAAAAGAAGUAAACAUAAACCAUUGAAAGAGAAUGUAACCGGUUCCCAGCUUUCUUUAUGUGAGCUGGCAAUUGAAACAAGUUUCAAAUCAGUAUUGCCAGCAUCACCUGUUCAUCUGCGUCAUCUUGCUGUACCUCAUCGACACAGUCCCAGAUUCAAAGCUGCAUCUCUGUCACCAUAUGCUUCUAACAAACGUACUACAAAAAACAUUUUCAAUAUUCCAUCAACUCGAAAGUUGGUCAGCAGUCAUGCAAGAACACAGUAUUCAUUUAAAUCUUUCCACACUCCAACACCAUUAAGGAAAUCGCAGAUGGAAAAACAGACAUCUGCUUCAUGUUUAUCAAGUCCUGAAGUGGAACUGGAACCUGUUAAUUUAUGUGCAGUUUAUAUCACAAAUUCUGACUGAAAGUUCAUCCACAUUACUGGUAGUCUACAUCUGAAUGUCAAAGAUUAUUACUACCCCUAGUAUAUUUGAAAAAUGUAAAACUAAUGACAUAAGGCAUUAAUGUUCCUUUCUAAAUCAGUAUUACAAACGUGUGUACAAAUCACUUUUAAUUCCUGUUUUGUAGUCAGAUUUCAAUGCACCUGGUCAUACUAAUACUCUGUGAAGUAUGUAGCUUGCCAGCUUUCAAAUUCUACUUACUUUGCCAAGGAAGCACACAACGAGAUAUGUGGGCAUCAAAAUCUGUACCUGAAUGCGCCAGUGCAUUUCCCACCCCAGCAACGAAUUAUUUUUGUUUUAAGGGACAAAGUUUAAACAAUUUUUACAGUCUUUUCUUUAUCGAAAUUGCUCACUAGCUGGGCUAUCGACAAGCAAUGUUUUA